CCUGGGUCCGGAGCAGAAGCUGCGCGCGGCGGCGGAAGAUGGCUGCGGCUGAGGCGGCGGACACUCAGCUGUUGCUCGGAGUGGGGCUGAUCGAAAAGGACACAAAUGGAGAAGUACUGUGGGUGUGGUGUUAUCCUUCCACGACAGCUGCGUUAAGGACUCUGCUGCUCAGAAAAUGCUGCCUCACGGAUGAAGGUGAACUUCUCCAUCCCUUUGUCUUUGGCCAGUACAGAAGAACAUGGUUUUAUAUCACAACAGUUGAAGUUCCAGAUUCUUCAGUUUUGAAAAAGGUGACUCAUUUUUCUAUUGUUCUGACCGCCAAAGAUUUUAACCCAGAGAAAUAUGCCGCCUUCACUAGGAUAUUGUGUAGAAUGUACUUGAAGCAUGGGAGCCCAGUUAAAAUGAUGGAGAGUUACAUUGCAGUUCUCACAAAGGGGAUAUGUCAGAGCGAAGAAAAUGGCUCUUUCCUUAGCAAGGACUUUGAUGCUCGGAAGGCAUACCUUGCAGGCUCCAUCAAAGACAUUGUAUCUCAGUUUGGAAUGGAAACUGUUAUAUUACACAUGGCACUGAUGCUAAAAAAACGAGUUGUUGUCUAUCACCCCAAAAUAGAAGCUGUCCAGGAGUUUACCAGGACCCUGCCGGCCCUGGUGUGGCACCGACAGGAUUGGACCAUCCUGCAUUCUUAUGUGCAUCUCAGUGCGGAUGAGCUGGAAGCCCUGCAGAUGUGCACAGGCUACGUUGCUGGGUUUGUAGACCUGGAGGUGAGCAAUAGACCGGAUCUGUAUGAUGUGUUUGUGAAUUUGGCAGAGAGCGAGAUCACCAUUGCUCCGCUCGCAAAAGAGUCCAUGACAAUGGGCAAACUGCACAAAGAAAUUGGUCAGCUAAUUGUCCAGUCAGCAGAAGACCCCGAUAAGUCGGACAGCCAGGUUAUACAGGAUAUUGCCCUCAAAACGAAAGAAAUCUUCACCAGCCUAGCGCCGUUUUCAGAAGUUGUGGACGAUGGAAGAAAGCGAGUCCUCAACUUGGAGGCAUUAAAGCAAAAGCGAUUUCCGCCAGCAACAGAAAACUUCCUUUACCAUUUAGCAGCAGCUGAACAAAUGCUGAAAAUCUGACCGAUUCAGAAGGUCUGGCUGGUGACUGUUAUAAAGCUCUUCUUUCAUUCUGAUUGCCCCUUAAUUAUGUAAAAUACUGGAAAUAACAGAGGAAAUGUUAUAUUUUUAAAUGAUUUAUUUGAAAGUAUUGAGAUUUGACCUGAAAAACACUGAAACACGUAAAAACACUUGUGGUUUUCUCCCCGCUGAUUAGCAUGUUGCCUGCUGAGUUGGGCAAAGCGUGUAAGUGCCGCGUCUGGCGUCCUGAACCGGCCGGUGUCUUGGAGCAAGGGGAAAAGCUCUGUCGAGUCCCAUGCAGACCGCAGCACCUGCGAAAGCCUUGAUUACAACUUCCUGUUUGUCUCAUUGUGUAGCCAUAAACUAACGGUUCAUUUUCAGAAAGCUGCCUCAAAUUUUGCUUUGUACUCUUCUAGGAAGAACUUUAAUUCCUCAUGAGGAACUCUACUUUCUGAGCCAAACUGCUAAGUUUUCUGCAGAACUAUCUAGAAGAUCACUCAAGAGACCCUGCAGUUGCACUUUCUUGUAAAAGAAAAUGUUUUUCUUAGCCUUUGAACAUUUUUGCCUAUAUUAUGGGAGUUUUGCAUAGACUUUAUACUUGAGUAGAGAACUUUACUAAUCCAUAUUUAUACUGCUACAGAAGUAAUCACUCGGCAGGCUUAAGCCACUAGUACUCUUCGUUUAGCUCGCACUGUUCUUUGGAAAAGAUGCCGUGUUUGUAUGGUAGAGAAAGUUAGAAGCCCCUUUUUGAACAAGAAUGUCUUAUAGAACUGAAGUAGUGACUUUCUAUAACUGGCGAAAGAGAAUCAACUUCUCACAGGGGCCAAAACCAGGAAUGUCUUCAUGCAACACUAAUAACAAUGAUCUGAUCACAUAUCAAGGUGACUCUUCUUGUUCGGUUGUGUACUUUUUUCACAAUUGGAGACCUUCAAAUUGCCAGAUAAGCAUGGAUGUCUAAAUUGCACACUCACUAUUUUAAUACGUGUAUUAGUCAUGAAAGGUUACUUUUCACUCAGUACUGUUGUCCUUUGGAAUUUUACCUGCAAAAGUGCUUGCAAAAAUGGUCUUUAUUAAAUCAUUUUUUUUUCUUGGUGUUAGAUGUUUAAGUAAAAAUAAAAAGUAGCUUUUCCUCUUCCUUCCUUGGGUUGGGGUGGGAAGGACCUGAAAUAAGAUGUUUACGGAGGCCAACAACUGAAAAUUAAAUCUGCACUUUAUAAAAAACGAAAA